AUGGCGUCGCAAUUACAGCAAACAAUGGCCACCACGAGCUCAAGCUUCCGGACGUCGUCACCGGCAAUGGUGGGCUGCUCGGCGGCCGCUCGGCGGUCUGCCAACUAUGCUCCCAGCGCCUGGGAUUACGACUCCCUCCUCCACCUCUCGCCCAACAAUGACGGACAGGCAGAUCAAGUCGAUGAGUUGAAGGCCGGCGUGAGGGAGCGGCUGGUGGCGGCGAGCCGGGGCGACCACCAAGCUGUGAAGCUCAGGCUUGUCGACACAGUACAACGGCUCGGCAUUGCCUACCAUUUCGAGGAGGAGAUCGCCAGUAUCCUUAGCUCCGUCCACCGCGAGCCUCAUCGGUGCAGUUUGGACGGCGAUGCCAGUGAUGUUGCUUCUGCGUGCUUGAGGUUUAGGUUGCUUAGGGACGGCGGUUUCCCAGUCUUCUUCCCUCCAGCAUUGUUUCAUCAUAACAAUAUAUAUAUAGAAUGUCUGGCGGAUCUCAAGCGCGGAUCAGAUGAUGUCAAAGGGCUCCUCUCACUCUAUGAGGCUUCAUACCUUGCGUUCGGUGGCGAGGAAGUAUUGGACGAGGCAAGAGCACUUUCUAAGAAAGCUCUCAAAAAGCUUUUGCCAUCCAUGGAUCACCACUUACGGCGCAGUGUAGUUCGUUCUUUGGACAUUCCAUUACACCGAAGGUCUCCUAGACUAGAAGCAAGAUGGUUCAUAGACCACUAUGCUAGAGACGAGAGCAAUUCCGACCCGUUGCUUGUUAGAUUUGCAAUGACGGACUUCAACAAUGUGCAAAGUCUGCAUCAGGAAGAACUCGGGAGACUGGCGAGGUGGUGGAAGGGGACCGGCCUUGGUGAAAAAUUGGGGUUCGCCAGGGAUCGUCUCAUGGAGUGCUUCCAUUGCGCAAAUGGAAUUGUGUGGGAGCCAAACGAUGGAGCAUGUCGGGAAGUGCUUGCUAAAGUCGCCAAUCUAAUAGUUCACUUAGAUGAUGUAUAUGAUGUGUAUGGAACUCUAGAUGAACUUGUUCUCUUCACAGACGCCAUUGGAAGAUGGGAAGAAAGACCAUGUGAAAUGCUCCCUGAAUACAUGCAAGCACUAUAUUCCGUCAUGUACAACACGUCUGCUGAGGUGGCUGAAAAUGUGUUUAAACAACAUGGUUGCGACAUUCGUUAUGUUCUUCAAAAAGCAUGGCGAGACAUGGCAGAGUCUUUCCUGGUGGAGGCAAAGUGGCACCAUGGAAACCACAGACCAACACUGCGUGAGUAUCUUGACAAUGGAUCAAUUUCAUCCUCUGCUCCACUGUUGCUGCAACAUGUGUUUCCCCUGCUCCACGUGGAAGAAAAGCUUACCCCAAUGUCGCUUGCUAAAGUUGGAAGCUACCCUAAAUUAGUUCAGUCCGCGUCAUUAGUUCUUCGCCUCUGCAACGACUCUGCAACCCACUCUGCAGAGCUGGAGCGAGGCGAUGCACCAUCAUCAAUAGCUAUUCACAUGUCGGAGAACAGCUCCAGUGAGCAAGAGUCUCGCGAAGCCAUGGAAGAUCUUACCAUGGAAGCUUGGAAGUCAAUUAACGAAGAUGCAUUCAAACACUGCCAAUUUUCUAGAUAUUUUGCCAAGACUUGCGUGAAUUUGGCUCGAAUCUCACAUUGUGUUUACCAAGGUGGGGAUGGUUUUGGUGCGCCGGAUGGUCUGAAGAGAAGGGAAAUCAGAGAGUUAUACUUGGACUCUUUCAUUAGUGAGAAACAUUAAACAAUGGGAGCCCUAAAGAAAUUAGACACCUAUCUUAUAAAGAUGUUAUACAGGCUUAAUAAUCUGUAGGUACUGAUCCCGAUUCUGUUUUGUACUACAAAAAUUGUAGAACAAAUACUAGCUGACUGAUUAACAAGCACCAUUU